CGUCGUUGUUGGUAGUUUUAAGCACUGAGUCAGGCAGAGAAACGCACUCGGAGCUCCGCACCAAACUGAAUCAUCUAUAGAGAGCGAUCGUGAUCAGACCCUCCUGUCUGAUUCACAAUGGAUAUGCUCGUGAGCGGACAGAAGAUGUUGGCGGGGAAGGGCGCAGCAUGUCUGACAUGUAAAGGGAUCUGCUCUGGAUUCCAGCCACAUUCCUGGAGGAAAGCUUGCAUACAGUGCCACUGCAGUCAGGAGGAGCAUGUGUCCAGCUCUGACACUGAGUAUGACCGCAAGGUGGGGAGACUGCUGUCAGAGUCCCGUUAUGCCCAUCUCACCACUAAGGUUAAGGGAGGAGACGGCACAAGGGUCUAUAAACGAAACCGCAUGAUCGUCACCAAUCCAGUGGUGUCGCGUAAAGACCCAACUUUCAACACCGUCACCUAUGACUGGGCCCCACCAGGCCUCACCCAGAAACUGGCAAUGCAGUACAUGGAGCUUCUCCCUGAGGAAAGGCGACCUGUGGCUGGCACAGCAGGAUCAUUAUAUCGCCACAAGCAACUGAUACAACAGCUACCUUCCUACGAUUAUGACCCUGCAUACUGCCACAGCCUGUCUGAGGCGGAGUUGAAAGCUAUGGCUCAGUUUGUGAAAACCUUUAAGGAGGAAUCCUUAGGAGUAGGAGAGGUUGCCCUGCCUGGAGAAAAAUGUACAGCAGUGAGGAAUAAACAGUCUUCCGAAGAACAGCCAGAUUCUGAGACCACCACAAAUGGAUCAGCACAGUCUCCUCUCAGCAAUAAGAGUGAAUAUCAUUGCAGUGGCUGUGGACAGUUGGCAGCUAUGGACAGUCCUGUGGUGUACGCAGACAGGGCUGGGUACACAAGAAUGUGGCAUCCAAACUGCUUUGUGUGCUGCGAGUGUGGCGAGGCUCUGGUGGACCUGAUCUACUUUUGGAAGGAAGGAUCACUGCUGUGUGGACGCCAUUACUGCCAAAGCAUCAGACGUCGCUGCCUGGGCUGUGAUGAGCUGAUCUUCUCAGAAAUGUUCCUGCAGGAGGCCAGUGCUCAUGUUUGGCAUAAGGAACACUUCUGCUGCUGGCUGUGUGGGCAGAAUCUCAGAGUUCCGUGUGUUUGUGACAAGCGCAGAUCAAAAUAGAUUUGACAGAAAACACCCCAAAAUAUAUUAAACAGUGUUAUAUAUGAGUACAGCAUCUGACUACUUUUGAGUACUUUGCUGAUGACUUAUAAAGGAUUAAAAACUUAAAGUUAAUGAUAUAAUUAGGUGAAUAAUUAAAUGAUGAUUGUAUAUUAGUGAUAAACACCUGCUGUUAUUAAGAAUUACAGAGGAUCCAAUGGUUUUAUUGUUUUAUUAGUUAAAAUAAUGUCACCAUCGUAGAGAUUGGUUUAGUUAUCUCAUCAAUUUUAAGUCUUUAACCCUUUAUAAGUCAUCAGUAAAGUACCCAAAAGUAAUCAGAUGCUGUACUCGUAUCAAACACUGAUGUUAAACUUGCACUUCUUUGUUUGUUUUUUUUAUUGGUGGAAUUUUUGGUUUGCAUAUAGAAAUCCAUACAAACUCUGAUGUGUUCUAUGUCAGCAUUCUCAAAUACAUAAUAUAGCAGUGUUUAUUGAAAUUCUAGGACUUAUUAAAGUAAAAAAAAGCCAUAAUAACAUUAUCAUUUAAUACAUUUGUUUUAAUAAUAAAACAUUGUUAGGUCCCUGAAAUAAAUAAUGCAAAGUUGGCAUGUUUAUUCAGUAUAUAUAUUUUUUAAAUCUCAUGAAUGGGAUUUAGACCUAAAUGUGGACCUGUGAGAACCUUUAUUUUUAAAUCAGAAAGCUAAACACUCAAUGACAUGCUGUAAGGCAGACUCCAGAGACUUUAUUUAGUUAAAUUUAUUUAUUUAGUAGCGUUUAUUUGAGGAAGAGACAAAAGACAUAAACGGUAACACAAGCGUUAGGUCAAUACCAUGCAGGCAAUCCAAUAAGCGAACAGGUUUGGGAGUAGUAGUACAGCAGAGUCAAUCGUAAGGCAGAAAGUUGGCAACAGGUAAACAGUCCAAUCAGGCAAACAAUACAGAGAGGCAGAAUCCAGGGAACGUGAGUCGAAACAAAACGGGCUAUGGUAAUACACAGGAAUAUCAAUAACAGUAGUAGUAUAAAUGCUUGGUAAGGCAGUUAGACUGGCAAUACUUCACACUGAUUAGACCAGGUGUUCUGGCUUUAUGCUGAGCCAACAGGAAGUAAGUGGAGAAGAAGCCGGAUGGUUGAGUACUGCUAGUACUUUGGUGAGGGCUCCCUUUGCUGGUCAGGCGUUACACAUGCUAAUUUUAGUUUUCCAAAACCAAGUCUAAUCAGUUUGAAAGGUGAAAUAAUGAAACAUCAAAAUCUGUCAUAAUAUAUAUGUCAUAAUACUGUCAUAAUAUUUAAUUAAUAAUACAUCCAAAAAUAGAAAUGUUUAUGCUCAAAUGCAAAAUAGUUUACAGAAUGUAUUUCAGUGAUAUAAAUACCAAAAACCAUUGUAGAAAUGACCUUUUAUUUUUAAAUUAUGUUUCUGAUGUUAAAAUCCUAUUAACAUUAUAAUUUCACAUCAGGAGAUAUUAGCAAAUAUUAUUCAUCAGUACUGUAUGAAAAAUUGCAGAUCGUGACCCUUUAUAAAUACAGGAGGUGCAUUAACUGAUGGAGACACAUUAUCUGAUAUUUGAAUAUUUAUCUUAUUUUAUAAGUUGUCUGUACCGAGGAUGCAGAGGCUGAGGUAGAAUCGGUUGUUUAUUGAGUGCAAGGACAACAGACACAAACAAAAAAAUCAGUAACACAAAGGCAGUCGGAUCCGUCAACAGGUACAGGGAAAAUCCAAGAGACAAUGUUAAGCAGGCAGGCAAUGGGUCUAAACCAGAUCAUCAGUCCAAUCAGGCAAACAAUACAGGUAGGCAGGUCUGUGAAUCGAUAAACAGGAGAACAAGCAAAGAUCAGAGCACAGCUAGUACUUGGGCGAGAGCUCCCUCUGCUGGCUUGGUGUUCAACAGAGCAUGCACCCAUAGUUGGCUAAUGAUGGUUUUUCGGAAAGGCAGUUAGGAUUGAUUUGAUUUGUCAUACAGAAGUUCUUACUGAGAAUUAACAGGUUUAUUUUCUUUGUCCUUUUUUUAUUCCAUUUAAAGGUUCCAUUUUGGUGACUAGUGUUUACUUUAGUUGGUCACUAGGUCGUUGGUUUUGUAUUGGUGUUUUGUUUGUUUGUGUCUCUUGUGAUUGUCUCUUGUUGUCUCUAUGUUGUAAUAGCAACAAAAACUAGAAAAACGGGGUUAGCUACUUGAUAUUCACAAAAUUGUAAUUAGUGCAAGUUAUUUAUUUUAUAUAGGUUCAAAUUAUAAAAAAAUAGGAUGAAUUAAAACAAAUAUUUAGUGCAAUUAUAAAAUAUAAUAUGAAUCCUAUUUUUUUCAAAUUGGAUCAAUGAAAAAAAUUUUGAAUGUAUUUUUUUAAUUGGAUGAAUUAACACAUGUCUUGUAUAGUUUAUAAUUUGAACCAAUGAAAAAUACCAAUUUUAACACAUAACACUAUGUUAUACGUGUGUGUGUGUGUGUGUGUGUGUGUGUGUGUGUGUGUGUGUGUGUGUGUGUGUGUGUGUGGAAGGAAUUAAAGGAAUUUAAAUGCACGCCGCAAAGCGGAGGGUGGUUGCCUCUGCGAAGUGCAAUUGAAAUUUUAAUACACAACUACCCAUUGAUUGUCCCGCUUAUUCCAUGACCAUUUACCAAUUUAUAGACUAGUUAAAACUAGUAAUGCUCUUGCAGACCUGUGCAUCUCUAUACAAACAGUCAAGCUGUAAUUGUUUAGUUUUAUAGUAAGAAGUUCUCUAUGACAAAUAAAAGAAACUUAAGUCAUUUUCCCAAAACCAUUAUUCACUAAUUAUGGGCACAAGUUCUACUGAACUCUGUUUUGUAACGACAGAACUUGUGACCAUAGUUGCUUUUGGGAUACGCAACCAUUAAGCUAUUUUUUUUUCAAUGAACUUGUUUAGUGCAAGUUAGUUAUUUUUCAUUGGUUAUAAAUCAUACAUGUGAAUCAUUGCCCUUUGUUUUUUUUUCAGUUGGAUCAAUUUAAACUUAUCAGUGCACUAUCAAUAGAAAACCUUUAGUAUCGGUAUAUAAGGUAAUUGAGGGUAAUAUAAUAUGGCACAACUAUGAGUGUGAUACGAGCAACAGUGUGAGCAGAGUGUUAUAUUAAAAAAAUAUUAAUCCUAAACAAAAAUGUGGAAAUGUCACUAUGACUAUUAACAAACAAAUAUUGCCAGAUACAAAAGCCAGAGCCUGUCAAUGUGAGAGUUCAUGAAGUGAGUUCCUAAAAAUAGUUCCUUGUACUGAGGAAAUAUUUGUAAGAGUUUUUAAUUGUGAAUGUUUUUGUCAAUAUCAAGUUAGAUGAUUUGGAUUAAAUUCAUAGGUGAUUGUGCAUUUGUGUUUGAUGUUUAAUUUAAUGUAAGGUUUUUAAACAAUAGUUAAUGUGAGAUAUAAUGAUCAUUGAUCAGUGUAAUUGCCAAUUAUGAAAUGUGCUUUGUUAAUGUGUUGAGAACAGCAUUUAACCAGUUAGGUAAAUUCCUGGAAGCAACUGUAUUCUUAUUUUUGACAAAAGUAUGUUUUUCAUUACAAAUAUUCCUUUAUGGUAGCUAUUGUUUAUUUAUAUUUAGUUAAUGAUUAAAAUUAGACUGAAGGUCAGUCACUAAACUGGAAGAAGGUAAAACGAAAGAUUUAGGUUUUCCAGAAAUUUGAUUUGGAAAUUGCCAUACCAACUGUAAUGUCAGUAUCUAAUUUUGUCUAUCUAGUUUACCAAAAGGAUUUUUAAAAGGCUUCAAAUUACUCAAUAUAUUUAAUAUUUUAUUUUCACAACUUUAAAAUCUCUCUCUUGUCUAAAUGUUUAAUAGGCAGUUGCUACUUUUGUGUAGGUGUUCAAUUGGUUUGAUAUUUAAGUCCAUGGGUAAUAAAGACUUUUAAAGCUUAAAA